GAGAUGGUUGUGCCGAUAAGUUGUUACAAAUAAUUGCUCCCCAUGUGUACGUUUAUAGGAACAAUGAGAGGUAGAGAGCGAGCAGGUUUCUACGGCAGGGGAACACGAGGCGGAAGGACGGCACAGCGUUGGGAGAGUUUCAGUCUCAGAAGAUGGAACCGACCUGAGCAAGAUGGGAACGCAGCACGUCAGAAAAGUUCAUGGAAUACAAACAUUCAAGGAAUAGACAGACGGGUAUUCAACCAAGCAACUGUGUUCUUCUUCACCAAUUUCCCUGAGGAUUGGAGACAAGAAAACAUGUGGCAAACCUUCUGCAAGUAUGGUAGAGUCCUGGAUAUUUACAGCCCGAUGAGGAAGAAUAAGAUGGGCAGCAGAUUCGGAUUUGUCAGAUAUCUAGAUGUCAGAAAUGAGAGGGAGCUAGAGAUUCAGCUGGACCAGAUUCGAGUGGGAAGCCUUAAACUUUGGGUAAACAUACCCAAGUUCGAAGAAAAAAGAAGUUAUGUGAAGAUUAAUCAAAGGCACAAUGAGCACACAAGAAACAGGGAGAGGAGCCAAGGAGCCAGAGGGCAUAGAACGUUUGCUGAAGUGGUGAAAGGAAAUAGCGAGCACGAUCCCAAGCCUAUGAAUGGAAAAGAACCGAAGGGUGAUUCAGAACACCUACAAGCUCGGAACAAGAAUGUUGUCCAUAUUCCGGCACAAGUCUGGAGAGCUAAGGAUAAGGAUCAAGCAAAAGCUGGCAUGAGUUUUACCAUUCAGGAGGAGGAGUACGCAUGGCUGCAGGGAUGUUACGUAGGAACCGUCCAUUCAAUUGAGACAAUUCCAACUCUGCAAGAAAAAUUCUUUAUGGAGGGCUAUUUUUCAUGUAGAGUGAGAGCCAUGGGGGGGCACCUAGUUCUACUAGAAGGGGGUGAUAAAGAGGAGAUUAAGGAUUUAGUAGAGCUUGCUCCAGAUUGGAUGAGACAUUGGUUUAAGGAUAUUAAACCAUGGAACUCCUCUAUAGUGGCUAAGGAGAGAUUUGUUUGGCUACGAUGCCAAAGGGUUACAAUUCAUGCAUGGGGCCACAAUUUUUUUGAAUCAAUUGGCUCGGUGUGGGGGAAGUUUAUUACCUUAGAUGACAGCACCAACAAAAAACAGAGGUUCGACAUAGGAAGAAUGCUAAUUUCAACCCCUGUGAUGGACUUUAUCUCAAAAAGUAUCACUGCUCUGGUUAAUGGCGAACCUUUUAAAAUCAAAGUUAUGGAAGAAGAAGCUACCAACGGUAUAUUCUCCAUGAAAUCCGAUCAUGUGUUCAAAUUAUUGACAGAUUCGGAUGAGGGCUCAUUGGAAUCCUGGUCGUUACCCAACGAUUCCGAUGUUGAACAUAAUGGGGCGUCAGUUGGCUGCAAGAACACACCCACCGGAGAGGAGGAAGAAGAAGAAGUGGUAGCUGGAAGGCUGGAGCUGAGGGGAACGGAUUUCGAGGAGGUUCAAUCUCCUUACCGUUGGGUGAAGGAGCGCCAAAAUUCAAAUGGAGAUCAUGUGUUGACGUUGAAUGACUCCACAUUUAAUGCUGAAGGUUCCCAAGACACGCAUCAGAUUGUUGAAGAUGGCAAAAUCCAAGCUAACUGCUCCAGCAAUCAUGGAGAAUCCAAAGACGAUUUGGAGACUGUGCUGGUUAACCAGGAUAAAAAAACCAGCAAUAAAUUGAAAACACAAAGGAGGAGGGAACAGAACAGGCCCCUUGAAUCGUCUAGCCCAGCAGAGCAUAGGGGAAUUUGGGCCAAUAACAAGUACAGGCCCCUUAAUGGACCCUCAUCCAAGUCAAAUGACACUGAUUUUAGUAAUGUGGUGGCAGAUAGCUUUCUAAAGGAUACUGGGCCCAAUCAACCUUUUAAAGAAAACACAAGGAACGAGACACCUCCAAUGGAAGCUCACAUGGGAGGACAGAGCAAAUCACCUCCAAUGGAGUGUUACACUAUAGGACAGAGGCGUGACUUCUGGAAAGGCUUUGAGUCCGAAUUAGGGGAAGAGCACGCAUGGAUGGGCAGAAAUUUGAAGAAAGCGAAGCAUAGAAGAAGGAAGAAAACCAGAUCAAAUCAAGUAGCUGGAGAAUCACUUAAUGACAGCGGCAUUGAGAACAGAAAUAUGUGCUUGAGGAAAGCUACGGAUCAGAAUAUGGCGGAAAGAAUAUGGGCUUUUGCUAAAGAGAUCGGCGUCGGUGACAGGGGGAAUGAUAUUGAGGUGAUUAGGAGACUAGAAGACAUGGAAGAUCGAGAUAGAGAGCUCAUUAAGGAGCUAAUGAUGGAAGCAGAAGGAAAAUGGUGCCUCAUGGGUGAUUUUAACGCCAUAAGAAAUCAGCAGGAAUGGAAUGGAGGGAGAACCAGUCGAAGGGAUAUGGCAGAAUUUGAUGAAUUUAUUAGAGAAUGUGGCCUUGUAGAUCUUCCCUUAAUUGGCAGAAAAUUCACAUGGUACCAAGCAAAUGGAGCUGUAAUGAGCAGAUUGGACAGAUUUUUACUGUCAGAGGAGUGGUGUGAAAAAUGGGAUGACAUGAAACAAUGGGGUUUAAAGCGCACAAUAUCGUAUCAUUGCCCAAUUUUGAUGAAAAACCAAAUAGUUGAUUGGGGCCCAAAACCAUUUCGAUUUUUUGAUAUGUGGCUGGAAACACCGGAGUGCAAAGAACUAAUGACAAAGACAUGGAACUCGACAGUGGUUUCUGGAUGGCAUGGUUUUCAAUUAAAAGAAAAGCUCAAGGCAACGAAGAAAGUUUUGAAAGGGUGGAGCAAAAAUAAGGCUUCUGAGAUAGACCUCAAAAUUAAUAUGUGUAAAGACUCUAUUACUGCCAUUGAUUUGAAAGGGGAAGAGACAGCCAUUAAUGAACAAGAGGUGCAACUGAGGAGGAACAGCUUCCUGGACUUAUGGAAUCUACAGAAUAUGAAAAAGAGUAUGUGGCGUCAAAAAGCUAGGAAGACUUGGAUCAGAGAUGGUGAUGCUAACACUAAAUUCUUCCACAGGUGCGUCAAAGGAAGGAGACGGAAUGAAAUAGUUGGCAUAAAAGUGGGAGAUAAUUAUUUGGAACAAGUUAAUGAAAUCAAAGGAGGGGUGGCAAACCAUUUUGAGAACCUGUUCAAAGAAGACAAGUGGCAACGUCCCCACCUUGACGGAAUUCCUUUUAAGAAGAUCUCAUCAGAAGACAAUCGCUCAUUGGUCGCUCCUUUCAGUGAAGAUGAAGUAAAAAAAGCAGUGUGGAGUUGUGGAAGCUCAAAAGCACCGGGACCGGACGAUUUCAAUUUCAAGUUUAUAAGAGAAAUGUGGGAAACAAUAAAAGACAGUGUAAUGGGGUUCAUUGAUGAUUUUCACAGAAAUGGAAAAUUGGUUAGAGGUGUAAACAGCUCAUUCAUUGUGUUGAUACCCAAAGUUACUAAUCCACAGAAAAUAGAGGAGUUUAGGCCCAUAUCCUUAAUUGGCGUCAUGUAUAAGGUGAUAGCGAAGCUCCUUGCUAACAGAAUCAGCUUAGUAUUGGACAGCAUCAUUGGAGAAAGCCAAAUGGCAUUCAUCAGGGGUAGACAAAUGGUGGACAGCAUAGUGAUUGCCAAUGAAACAAUCGAUGCAGCAAAGAGAAAGAAGAUGGCUAGCUUCAUGUUCAAAAUGGAUUUCGUGAAGGCCUACGAUAAAGUAUGCUGGGAUUUCCUAGAUUACAUGAUGUUGAGAAUGGAUUUUGACCCUAAAUGGAGAAGGUGGAUCACAGCAUGUCUGGAGACAGCAGAGAUGUCAAUCCUAAUCAAUGGCAGCACUACAAGGCAAUUUAAAAUCAGCAGAGGGCUGAGACAAGGUGACCCACUCUCACCCUAUUUAUUUCUACUGGUGGCAGAAGGCUUUAAUGGCAUUAUCUCCUCUACAAUCAAUCAUGGGCUCUUCGAAGGAAUUGACAUUGGCAAUGGAGGUAUGAAAGUGUCUCAUUUACAGUUCGCCGAUGAUUCGAUUCUAUUUGGCAAGGCUGUAGAGAGGAAUAUUUGGGCAGCAAAGAGUAUAAUGAGAAUUUUCGAGUUGGUAUCGGGACUGAAGAUUAAUUUUGUGAAAAGCCAACUCUUCGGUUUAAAUGUCUCUGAUGAAUGGAAGUCAAAAAUGGCCCACAUCUUGCAUUGUAAGCAAGGAGCAUUCCCCUACAGAUAUUUAGGGGUACCUAUUGGUAGCAACAUCAAAAGCAUUGCACUAUGGAAGCCUCUGAUCAAGACUUUUGAGAAGAAGUUGAGCCAAUGGAAAGGUCGGUUUCUCUCUUUUGGUGGUAGGAUAACUCUCCUUAACGCAGUGCUGACCAGUCUUCCAGUGUUUUCUAUGUCCGUGCACCUGCUCCCAAGAGGUUUGAUUCUUUCCUUAGAUAAAAUUCGUAGGAACUUUUUAUGGGGAGGCGGGGAGAGCAAGAGGAAAAUUAACUGGGUGUCAUGGGAUAAAGUCUGUAAAAGUAAAAAUGAGGGCGGUCUAGGGGUCAAAGAUCUUAGAAAUUUCAACUUAGCUCUGUUGGGGAAGUGGUGGAGUAGAUUAGCUAGAGGUGAUGAGGGGCUGGUUUACAAGGUCAUUUAUCAUAAAUAUGGCAGGCCAGAGGGCAGCUGGAUUGAAUGGGUUAAUGGGAAUGGCCAUAGGGGGUCUAUGUGGUGGAGGAACAUUUGUAGAAUCGACCAUACUGAUCUAUGUAACACGGGAUGGUUGUCAGGGGGGUUUAGACUGAAUAUGGGGGACGGUUGUUUAGUCAAUUUCUGGAAGGACAAUUGGACAGGGGACCAACCCCUUGCUAAUAGAUUUCCUAGACUUUUUCUUGUUUCUACAGACAAAGAUAAAAGAAUUUCUCAGAUGGGAACAUGGAGGGAAGAUAAAUGGCAAUGGACACUACAUUGGAGACGGUCACUAUAUGAGUGGGAGGAAGACAAUCUUACCAAGAUGCUAGAGAUCAUUAACAGCACAUUGCCAGUAAAAGGCCAAAAAGACUGUUGGGUGUGGAGGUACAACAAGGAAGGAGAAUAUUCUGUCAAAACAGCUUAUGGCUUGCUCUCCGGCAACAACAUCAGCAACACAACGCAGACACAUGUAAGAGUAUGGAAUAAUCUCAUCCCCACAAAAAUUUGUGCAUUUGGGUGGCAGGUCCUGCAGGAUAAAAUACCCACAAAACUUAACUUGUACAAGAGAGGAAUCAUUCUUGACGUGAAUCAAGCGAUGUGCAGCUUAUGUGGAGGCUUAUGUGGAGCCAAUAUUGAAGACGCCAACCAUCUCUUCAUUCAUUGUAGUGUGGCCUACUUGGUAAGAAGCAAAUGUGCUCAAUGGUGGAGACUAUUAUUGGUUCACCCUCUGACCUGCCAAGAGGACUUUCAGCAACACCGUCAUCCGUACAAAAACCCUCUAAUAAGAACAGGGUGGGAUGUAAUAUGGUUCUCCAUCAUGUGGUCCCUUUGGAUGGUUAGAAAUGCAAAAAUCUUCAAAAAUCAGGAGUGGGAAGUGGACAGAAUUGUUGAACUGGUGCAGUUAAGAUCCUUUAAUUGGAUUAAGGGCAGGACAACAGGUUACUCUUUCAAUCUGUAUGAGUGGAUGCUGGAACCAGCCCUAAGCCUCAAAGACAAAAGAGUUCAGCUGAGUUUCAAAAAUUAGAGGGCGAACAGUUUCCUGAAAAGCAUCAUUGAGCAGGUACUUUACUGUAGUGUGAGUCCUAGACCUACUGUUGGUUUAGUCAAGCUGUAGUAAAUACAUGCUCAAUGUCUCUGCAUGCCAGUGGGUUGUUAUGUGGGAGUUUUAUUUGAUGAUCAGAACAGGGUGUUCGAAGUUAACUGCAACAGAGGACAUAAAUUCGACACGGGCAU